AUGGUCCUCACUGAUCCUCCUGCUCCUCACUCAUCCUACUGCUCCUCCUGCUCCUCCUGGCCCUCACUCAUCCUCCUGCUCCUCAUGGUCCUCACUGAUCCUCCUGCUCCUCCUGGUCCUCACUCAUCCUCCUGCUCCUCCUGGUCCUCACUGAUCCUCCUGCUCUUCCUGCUCCUCCUGGUCCUCACUCAUCCUCCUGCUCCUCCUGGUCCUCACUCAUCCUCCUGCUCCUCCUGGUCCUCACUCAUCCUCAUACUCCUCCUGGUCCUCACUCAUCCUCCUGCUCCUCCUGGUCCUCACUCAUCCUCCUGCUCUUCCUGCUCCUCCUGGUCCUCACUCAUCCUCCUGCUCUUCCUGGUCCUCACUCAUCCUCCUGCUCCUCCUGGUCCUCACUGA